GCGGCAGCUCCCGGCACAGCGCCGGGCACGGGCACCGCGGGGCAGCCGUCAAAUGACAACGCUUUGGGGCGCGACGCAGAUCCAUCGCUGAGGGGAAACCCGAGAGUUUGGGGGCUGGCUCGUAGGCGGGUUUUUCUUUCAAGUUAAGAAUUCUUUUUUGCUUAUGGCUUAAACCCGACCGGCUCAGCUCGGCUGGCGCGGUGAGCCCGCGUGUUCUGCUUCCCCCGCAGGAGCCCGUCCGCCGCCGCCGCCGGGGAUGGCAGCGUAGGAUCCCCGCAGGAUGGGGGCCCCGCGCGGGGAACGGCCCCGCUGGCUGGGGACCCUCCUGGCCGCCUGCCUGGCCACCCGCCUGGCCACCCUGCCGGCCAUCAGCGCCUGUCCCCGGCCCUGUGCCUGCCACGGCUCCGCCGAGCUCCACUGCACCUUCCGCUACUUCAGCGCCGUGCCCCCGCGCAUCCCGCCGGACGUGCAGCGCAUCAACCUGGGCUACAACAGCCUGAGGAAACUCAGCCCCACGGACUUUGCUGGCCUGCAGAAACUGGAGUUACUGAUGCUGCACAGCAAUGAGAUCAGCACCAUCCCUGAGAAGGUGUUCAGGGACCUGCAUUCACUACAGGUCUUAAAAAUGAGUUACAACAAGGUCAGAGUGCUUCAGCAGGAUGUAUUUUAUGGCCUGAACAGCUUGGUACGGCUGCAUAUGGACCACAAUCAAAUUGAAUUUGUGAAUCCCAAUGUUUUCUAUGGACUCACUUCCUUGAGGCUGGUCCACCUGGAUGGAAAUUUACUUCAGCAGCUGCAUCCAGACACUUUUGUCACCUUGCGCUAUAGCCAAAUAUUCAGAAUAUCCUUCCUGAAGCACAUCUCUCUGUCUGACAACGGGCUGACUUCACUUCCACAAGAGAUGUUUUCCUACAUGUCAGAGCUGGAGAGCAUUUACCUCCACGGAAACCCCUGGUCCUGCGACUGCAGCCUGCAGGGGUUUGCAGGGUGGGCACAGGAGAGGCCAGAUGUCAUAAAGUGCAGAAAAGAGAGAAGUUCUGGUGUCCAGCAAUGCCCGGUCUGUGCUAGUCCCAAAAAUCAUAAUGGGAAAAGUUUAGUGGAUCUUCCUUCUGCAUCUUUCACCUGCACGAAGCCUGUCAUCCAAGACUCCCUGAAAUCCAGAAACCUCUCGGUGCCAGACGAUGGGGAUUUCAGUUUUGUGUCUCCCAAGGACUUGAUGGCUCCGAUAGGAUCUGUGGUUUUGAAUAUGACUGACCAGGCAGGAAAUCGAGGCAACUUGGUUUGCAAUGUCCAGAGACCUGAAGAAAUGUCUCCCAUCUCAUUUGACCAAGAUGGCCCCAGCAGAGUGCUCAAAGCCUCGUUCUCAGCAUUCCUGGUGUGUGGUAUCGAUCAUGGGCACAUCCAGCAGCUGUGGAGCAUCCUGGCACUGUACAGCAGCUCUCCUUUGAGACUGGAGCAAACAGUGCAGGCAGCUGCCGAGCCUUUUGUCAGCUACAGAUACAGGCAGACGUACAGCGAGAACGACGAGCUCUUCACCAGGAUCGAGGCGGAGCUGCGAGCUGAGCCGGCGUGGCUGAUGCAGAGCCAGCUGUCCCUGCAGCUGGACAGGACAGCCACCACGCUCAGCACGCUGCACCUGCGCUACGCCACCCAGGCCCGGCUGCCUCUGCCCAGCCAGGACAAGGACCAGGGCGGGCACGGCUGGGCCAUCAUUGCCAGGGACAACAGCACCCAAACGGAGCACACCGUGCUGGUGGGGGGCACCGUGGAGCUGGGGUGCCAGGCGGCCGGGCAGCCAGCUCCUGCCGUGGAGUGGGUGUUGGCCGAUGGCAGCAAGGUGCGAGCCCCCCACAUCAGCGAGGAUGGGAGGGUCCUGGUCCUCAGGAGCGGGGUGCUGACCCUGCGGACAGCCGACGUGUUCGACUCGGGGCUCUAUCACUGCACCUGCACCAACCACCAGGACGCUGACGUGCUCACAUUCCGAAUCACUGUGGUGGAUCCCCUCGUGGAGCACAACGGUGUCAAUGGAGCCCAGCUGCCGGCUGCUCUCGGCAGCACGCUGCACCUCCCCUGCACAGCCACGGCUGCCCCAGACCCUGCCGUUACCUGGGUGCUACCUGAGCACACAAUCCUCCGUCAGUCUGCUGGAAACAAACACAUUUUUGCCAAUGGCACCUUGAGAAUACAAGGGGUGACGCAGAGAGACGUGGGCUACUUCCGAUGCGUGGCGGCCAACCGGUACGGUGUUGAUCUUUUGGUUUUCCAAGUGCUGGUGAGACAGGAUGAAACUACUCUGAAGAAAAAGCAUGGAGCUCUGGGAGACUGGGAAGAAGGCUCUGGCAAUGAGUUGCUGCGCUCUGCUGCAGCACAGAGACAUCCCUCAGGCACUGCAGCCACCCUGAGAGCUCUCGGGGAGCCUGCUGCACCAGCAGCCAGCAGCCAGGGCGCACGGAGCCAGAGCCAGAGGAGCAGCCACGGGAAAAUGCCUCACUGGCCCUACGCAGACAGAGCCGGCCGGCGCUUCAGGGGACACAGGAGACAGUUUGUUCCCUCAGGCAGGAGAGCUGAUCCACAGCGCUGGGCAGCCUUGCUGGAGAAAACAAAGAGGAACUCAACAGUGACAGACAAACGAGGAGAAGCUGCAACAGAACCGCCCAUUCAAGUCCGUAAGCUCUCAGAGGUACCCGAGGGUGAGGAGGAGACAUCUGGUGAUCUCGUCUCUCCAGAAGAAGAAUUCAUGAUACCAGCCACAGAGAGAUCCCCAGUAUCUGCUCUGGGCAGAGCAACAGAGCUCAUGAUCACUGCAGGGCCCAAGGAGACUGAGGAUCCCCCUCCUGCCUGGAACUCCUCCCUCCUGCCCACAGAGCCAUUAACUCCCCUACCCUCACCUCUUCCACACUCUGGGGCACCGGCCAGCAAAAGGCUGCAAACACUUCCAAAACCUACAGCCUCAUGGGAAAGACCUGAUUUGAGUCAAAUAUCAGCAAAUGGUGUAAAACAGCCAACUGUACCCAGUGGAACAGCCACACUUUUCCCUGCUGGGCAAAAAUCAAUAUAUUCUGGGGAAAGUAAUAACCAGCACCUAAAGUCUGCAUCCAUGACACCCAUGACAGAAGCUACAGGCACCAGCAAGGCUGUAACUCCCCAAAACACAGCAGACAAGUUACAUAUUUUAAUUGAGUCUAUUGAUAAUGUCUCCACCAAAACAGAUCACCAGGUCCCUGUGACAACAGUCAGUGCACCAAGCUCUGAAUUUAGCCCCGUUUAUUUUCAUAGUACUCAGAAAGGAGGAGCCCCUAAUCCACCACCGGCCUCGACUUUUGCUACUCAUCAGCAAAUUCAGGUGAUCCAGGAUGUUCCAACUCAUCCAGCCCAGCUGCAGCAACACUACGGAAAACGAAGGAAAAUUUCUGGUCGGAGACGAAUUGUUAGACCAGGACGUGUCCCAGGUAUGAAGGAGCCCCGAUACAAUUUUGGGAGGCCAGGGCCUGCCAGAGGAAGUACAGCUGUGGCUACAGGUGUCCAACUGAACCUGAACUAUGCAUCAAAUGUACCAGCCUUAAAUAACUCCAGCAGUUCCAUCAAUCCAUUUAGCCCAGAAACACCCCAGUCUUCCCCCUCCACCACGAAAAUGCCAUUGGAGCACCCCGUGGGUACCCCUCAAAACACAGAGGAAAAGAAACAUGGUGCAAGGCAAAAAGCUGCUGCCACAGUCGUGUCUGUCACUGCAGAGGACACUGCCACUGCUGCAGCCAGCGGAUUGGGUGUGACGGGUUUGAAACCAACAGUUACACUUGUUAUUACUCCUCAGACUGACACCAGAGCCACCAAAAGUAAAAUACUCAGAGUGGGAGGAAGGAGAGGUCAGAGGAGGAAGAAGCCUCCUAAAACACCUGCCCCACAGCAUGUGGCUGCAGUCCAGACUUGGACAUCACCAGCUGUGCCUCCAAGCCUUGCACCUGCAAACCCUCUCCCUGGGAGCAGCAGUGCAGUGUCCAGGACCAAAGCAGCCGCACUGGGGGUCCCUGACAGCCCCGAGGCACCCCAGCACAGGCCCAUGGCAGACACACAGACAGCAGCAGCCCCAGGCACCUGGAGGAGCUCCCCAUCAGCAAUGCCCCUAGCUGGCAGUGUGACAGCUCAGAGCCCCCCCAUGGCACCCCAAACCACACCAGACUGGCAGAGGAACACCCAGCUGGCCACGUCACCAGCUGCCAGUCCUGCCCAGAUGCCCACCAUGGCUCUCCAAACCUCACCAUGGCUGGACGAGUCCCCUGGUGCCACGAGUGCCCCACCUGCUGCAGUCAGUGCCACGCCAGGGCCAGGACGUGCCCAGGGCACCAGAGCCGGUGCCAGGGCAGGAGAGAAGCCCUCUCUGGAUUUGGGGGAGGGAGCUGUCCCGGAGGAGCAGGGAGCACAGCCCGCAGCCCCAGCCCGAGCCGUGCCCAGCGCUCCUGCUGCAGUCACUGCCCCCAGCACCCAGCACCCCUCCCCUCUGCCAGCCCCCAGUGCCGCCCUGCCCGCAGACCCCCCGAGAGCCCCCUCGCCCCGCCGGGGCCAUGGAGAGCUCCAGCUCCAGCUCCAGCUCCAGCUCCAGCUCCAGCCCAGGCCGCCUCCCGAGGGCACCGAGAGGGGGAACGCGCUGCAGGCACCACCGAUGGCACCUCCCUGGGGAGGGGACAAGGACAGCUCUGUCAGUGCCUGGUCCGAAAGGCGACAGGAUCAAGACACCAGCACCCUGCCCAGUCCCAGCACCUCAGCCUCUGCAAGCAGAAACCAAUUUUCAAAGCCCAGAAUAGUCGGAGGGAAAGUGGCUGCUUUCACUCUGCAGGCGAAUUCGGAUGCUUUUAUUCCUUGUGAAGCUACUGGGAACCCCCCUCCAACAAUACACUGGACCAAGAUACCACCAGGGCGCGGUGCCGCGGGCCGCUGGUCGGUGCUGCCCAACGGGACUCUGGCCAUCGCCCGGGCGGGGCCGCAGGACGGCGGGCAGUACCUGUGCACGGCGGCCAACGCGCUCGGCUCGGCUCGGCUCCUGGUCACGCUGGCCGUGCGGGCGCACCCGCCGCGCAUCGCCGGCCGCGGCCGCCCGCUGACCGCGCACUCCGGGAGCUCGGCGGCGCUGCCGUGCCGGGCCGAGGGCAGCCCCCCGCCCCGCAUCUCCUGGCUCCUGGCCAACGGCACCGAGCUGGGGCCCGGCUCGGCGGGCGGCGGCAGGGCGCGGGUGGAGCCGGACGGCACGCUGCUCAUCCGGGCGGUCACCGUCUACGACAGGGGCACCUACACCUGCCUGGCCCGGAACGCCGCGGGCACCGACACGCUGCCCCUGAGGCUGCAGGUGGUCGCGGCCCCUCCCACCAUCCUGGAGGAGAAGAGACAGAGCGUGGCGGGGACGGCGGGGCAGAGCCUGAGCCUGCCCUGCACGGUGCAGGGGAAGCCCGAGCCCAGCGUGCACUGGGUGCUGCCCGCCGGCACCGUGCUGAAGCCGCUGCAGGGGCUGCACGCCAGGCUGCUCCUGCUCGCCAACGGCACGCUGCUCCUGGGCAGCAUCGCCCCCUCCGACAGCGGCACCUACGAGUGCAUCGCCACCAGCUCCACGGGCUCGGACAGGAGGGUGGUCAGCCUCGUGGUGCAGCGCAGAGAGACACCUCCGAAAAUUGCCGUCGCCUCCCAAGAACUGACGCGGCUGAACUUUGGGGAGAGGUUGCUUCUGAACUGUACAGCAAGUGGGGAGCCCAAGCCCAGGAUAAUCUGGAGGCUGCCCUCCAAGGCUCUUGUGGACCAGUGGCACAGGAUGGGAAGUCGGAUCCAGGUCUAUCCCAAUGGAUCCUUGGCCAUUGAGGCAGUUACAGAAAAGGAUGCAGGUGAUUACCUGUGCGUGGCCAGAAACAGCAUCGGGGAUGAUCUGAUACUGAUGAAAGUCAGCAUCGCAAUGAAACCAGCCAAGAUUGACCACAAGCAGCAGUUCAAGAAGCUGGUGCCCUACGGGAAGGAUUUCAGAGUGGACUGCAAGGCCUCAGGGUCGCCCACGCCAGCGAUAUCCUGGGGCCUGCCGGACGGGACGGUGGUGAACAGCGCGAUGCAGGCGGACGACAGCGGGCACAGGGCUCGCAGGUACGUCCUCUUCCACAAUGGCACUCUGUACCUCAACAAAGCUGGAGUGGCAGAGGGAGGAGACUACACGUGCUACGCCCAAAACACUCUGGGGAGGGACGAGAUGAAGAUCCACGUCGCGGUCAUUGUGGCAGCCCCUCAAAUAAAGCACAAUCACAAGACACACGUUACAGUGACAGCGGGAGACGCAGCCCUGCUGGACUGUGAGGCUGCUGGGGAGCCCAGGGCACAGAUAUUCUGGGUGCUGCCCUCCAGUGAGAGGAUCUCCUCGUCCACAGCCAGGCACUCCCUGCACGCCAAUGGCUCGCUGUCCAUCAGCCAGGCCAGCCUGCUGGAUGCUGGGGAGUACCUGUGUGUGGCUCGGAACCCUGGCGGGGACGACAGCAAGCUGUAUAAGCUGGAUGUGGCUGCUAAACCCCCCAUCAUAAAUGGUCUACACAGGAACAAAACGAUCAUGAAGGUGACGGCAGUGAGGCACUCCAAGAAACACAUCGACUGCCGGGCAGAAGGGACACCUCCUCCCCAGAUCAUGUGGAUCAUGCCUGAUAACAUUUUCCUAACAGCCCCAUAUUACGGGAGCAGGAUUGUGGUGCACAAAAAUGGGACACUCGAGAUUCGGAACAUCAGGCCCUCAGACACGGGGGAUUUUAUCUGUGUGGCACGUAACGAUGGGGGAGAGACUGUGCUGGUGGUGCAGCUGGAAGUCACAGAAAUGCUACGGAGACCAAUGUUCAAAAACCCUUUCAAUGAAAAAAUAAUAGCAAAACCUGGGAAGACGAUCACACUGAACUGUUCAGUGGAUGGAAACCCUCCCCCAGAUAUAAGCUGGAUGCUGCCCAAUGGCACAUGGUUUUCCAGCAGCAUUAGGACAGCCCAGUUUUCCACAGGAAGCAACGGGACCCUGACCAUCUACAGCCCCGAGAGCCAGCACGCCGGGCGCUACCGCUGUGCUGCCCGGAACCAGGUCGGCUACAUCGAAAAGCUGAUGGUCCUGGAGGUGGCCCAGAAGCCCAAGAUCCUGACCCGCCCUGCAGGGCUGGUGAGGGGGGUCAGCGGGGAGCCCCUGUCCCUUCACUGCCUGGCCGAGGGCAGCCCCAGGCCCAGGCUGGCGUGGACGCUGCCCGGGGGCCGCAUGCUGGAGCGGCCGCAGCUCAGCGGGAGGCUCCUGCUGCUGGACAAUGGCACCUUGGUCAUCGGGGCAGCCUCGGCCCACGACGCCGGCAACUACCUGUGCAGGGCCCACAACCUCGCUGGAGACUCCUCCCUCACCAUUCCUGUCGUGGUGGCAGCCUACGCCCCACGGAUCAUGGGCAGGCCCCCCCCCGCCAUCCACACCCUGCCCGGGGCAGCAGUUCAGCUCCACUGCGUCGUGCUGGGCAUCCCCAAACCAGAAAUCACCUGGGAGUUACCUGACCACUCCGUACUCUCCACAGCUCACCAGGGCCGGGGCUCUGGGGGCGAGCUGCUCCACCCCACGGGGACUCUGCUCCUGCAGAACCCCCGACCCUCCAGCUCUGGCACGUACAGGUGCACAGCGAGGAACCCCCUGGGCACCGACACUGCAGCCACCUACGUCCACGUCAUCUGAGCCAGAAACACAGCAGGA